GUAUCCAUAGAAGAAAUUUUUUGGUGGUAAAUUAUGUAUAUUGCAAACAUAUUUCAAAGGUUUAGUAGAAAGAGAUUAAUUUAAUUAAAAGUAACAAUCGUAUGUAAUUCUUUUAAUCCGAUUAAAAACUUAUGAUGUUUUUUGUUGAAAACAAAAUUUGAAUCGGUAAUUAAACAUCAAAACGAAUUGAACAUGUUGAGAAGCAUGGCCUAAUAAAAAUCCAUCAGCGUACCAAAGAUAUCAUUUGCACCUCUUAUCUGACAUUGUGAUCGGGUUUUUACCUGGCGGAGUAAUACAGCAGGAACUAUAAUCAGCAUUGAUUCUUUCACGAUCACGACCAAUCAUGCAUAACGGUUUCGUAGCGCUGUCAGUCAUAGGCAUGUAGAUUUCCAAUAGCAGAUAAAAAUGCGGACGUUUUGAAUUUGGAUCGCUGUGAUCUUUCUUUUUCAGGUUUGAUGAUCAUUUUUGCUGGUUUAUGAGGAUUAAUCCUGUAUUUAAUGCAUAGUGACUUGAAAAGUAUUUCGCCAUGGGAUGAGCAGGAAACAUAUUUGCCAGCGAAUUUAUUUUGAUUUGGAAUCAUAGCCAAAAGUUAAAACAAUGUCAGAGAACAAAGUCAAAGGAGGAGGGGAACAGAAUCUAACAGUGGCACUCAGGAUAAGGCCAUUGAAUGAAGAUGAAAUUCUCCAAGGAGCCACACAGAUAGCAUACAAAGUACAGAAAAAGAUGGUGGUGUUGAUGGACCCAAUGGAAGACCCCGAGGAUGUGCUGCGAGCCAAUCGUUCUCGAGAGAAGCAGUUCGUCUUCGAUUAUACAUUUGAUGGGGGUGCUUCUCAGGGAGAAGUAUACAGAACGACCUCACAGUUUCUGAUUCCCAGUGUCAUUUCGGGAUAUAAUGCCACUGUUUUUGCCUAUGGUGCCACUGGUGCUGGGAAGACCUACACAAUGCUGGGGGCACAUGAUGAGCCGGGAAUCAUGGCCCAGGCCCUCAAUGAUCUAUUUUUAGAAGUAGAGAGGACCAGUGAGGACAUGUCCUACAAAGUGACCAUGUCCUAUUUAGAGAUAUACAAUGAAAUGAUCAGAGACCUUUUGAAUCCAAGUGCUGGUAUUCUGGACUUACGUGAGGAUGCAAAAGGAGGCGUCCAGGUGGCAGGACUGUCAGAGGUCAUGGCAAGGUCAACCGAUGAGGUGAUAGACAUGUUACUGAAGGGAAAUAAAGAGAGGACCCAGGAACCCACAGCAGCCAACAAGACGUCCUCCCGAUCUCACGCUGUCCUACAGGUGUCCAUCAAACAACAAAAUCGUGUCCGCAACACAACACAGGAAGUCAGGAUGGGGCGACUCUUCAUGAUCGAUCUAGCGGGAUCGGAGAGGGCCGCUAACACACAUAAUCGGGGGAAACGUAUGGUAGAGGGAGCCCAUAUUAACAGAUCCCUCCUUGCCCUUGGAAACUGUAUAAAUGCCCUCACUGAUACAAAAGGCUCUAAGUAUGUGAAUUAUCGAGACAGUAAACUGACUCGACUCCUGAAAGAAGCUCUCGGAGGGAACUGUAAAACGGUCAUGAUCGCCCACAUUAGCCCCGCCUCCCUGCAUUUCGAGGAAUCCAGAAAUACCCUGGUCUAUGCUGACAGAGCAAAACAUAUUAAAACAAAGGUGAGGAGGAAUGUGACUGAUGUGUCCUAUCACAUAGCUCAGUACACCAACAUCAUCCAAGAGCUGAGAGAGGAGAUCCAGAGACUGAGACACAGGCUCCACGACAAAUCCAGUCCCAGGCCAGGGGCCAAUAUACUCUCUGUACAAGCUGAAGUUGUGGAGGCAAAGAGGGAGGAACUGACCAAACUCAAGGAACAACUGCUCAUAUCAUUCAAGGAUCAGAUGGAGCUCAGGAAAAGUUUAAUGGAGCUGAACAAUGCCUCUAUGGAAGUCAGCCUAGAAACCAAUAGAAACCAACUCAUCAUCAGCGAAUGGGAGUUGGAGAGAGCUAGAUUUUCCAGAAGAAAGGAAGGGGGAGAUAAGGCAGACACAGAGGAUUCUAAGGCUCUGGAGCUGGCGGGAGCCGGAUCGGACGACCUCCAGGAGACAGAGGACGUGAAGCUGGCCCGGGAGGAACUCAAGGUGCUUCACGACGAGAAACAUCGGACCGAGAAGUUACGUACCACCGUAAUGAAGGAACUGGAACAGGCCCGCGUCAAAACUAGACGUAUAGAGGAGACAAUCCCGCAUAGAAUCAACACAGAAGACCAGCGUGAGAUCCUCAGUCUGCUGUGCAAAGUCCAUGAACUGGAGAUAGAAAACACAGAGACGCAGUCAGCCUGUCUGCUAAGGGAAUUCCAAAUCAAGCGCAAAGAUAUGGUGAUUUCGCGAUUUCGUCAACACCAGAAUCUCUGUGAUCAAAUUAUUCGACGACAAAAGAAAAUUAUGGAAGAAAAUAAGAUAGCAGCCACACAGGACUUAGAGGAGCUGUACAACCUGUAUCAGUUAGAACAGGACGACAGGAUGAUGCUGAGAGAGGACUCGGGGCAUCUCAGUCCGGAACUCAGAUUAAAGGCUUCGUCCAAUUCCAGUAAUUACCGUAACCUGCCUGAUGAGGUGGAUCAGCUGAGUACACUGACAGAGGAGGACGAACGGGGGAACCUGCUGACCUACAGAUCUGGUGACGGAGAUGACAAACUUUUUUCAAGGAGUGCUCGAGGACUGAAGGGUGGGGCCAGCUUAACAGGUGCUUGGAGGAAUGACUCUAAUUUAAGUAACGGUGCAAGUGGUCGAAACAGUGAUCAGAAUGGUGCAUUUGGACAUCCAUCGCCAGACAAUAGGAAAGAAAUUGCUUCAAACACUCGCAGCAUAGCAGCCCUGGCUGCUAAAAAGAGGUCAAAGGCACACAGCGACCUUUUGAACUUGGAACGGCAAUUCGGAGGUGAACCUCGGACAUUGUAUAGAAAUUCAGGUGAUAAGAGUAAUUCGGACAAUGAUUAUUUAUCUCCAUCCACCCUGGCGAAACAUGACAGGAACUAUGGAGAACUAGUGCUACCCCCUCUACAUAAACCCCCCAGUGAGGAUAACCUGGAUAACAUAUCUACAGGGACUAAACAGAGUACUAACACAGACAGCACACUGCCUCCACUGAGGAACGAGAAUAAUUUCAGGCGAGGGGAUAUAAAGAGGAAUAGAAGAACAAGGGGUUAUGAUGUAACUCAGAAUAGAAGGUCCCAGUCCCUUGGAGACAAUGGAAAAUCAGGUGACAGUAGGGAGUGGACGCCCCCUGGUGUUACAAAAAGAGGUGGCAAAACUAAACGCUUCAAUAACAGAGGGUCAAAUGAACAUAAUGGCAACACAAAUAACAGGAAGAAGGCUCCCACAAUCCCCUCGUACAAGAAGGGGGACAUAACUGUGAUGGGAUUCAGCCUGCCUCGAUAGAUCUCUGCUCCUUCACGGCUAUAAAUUAACUUGUCUCUGUCUAAGUGAACAGGAUCUUGCCACUUUAUUUUUCUAAUAAGUCGCUAUAGUGUCUUAUUGUACGUUAAUGAGAAUUUAAAGUGUGCUUUGUUUACAUUCCCUGUAUUCCUGUUUGUAAGCCUGUAUGUUAUAAUGGCUGAAGAAAAUUUGAAUUUUUUUAUACCCUAAAUAGAAAUUACAGACCGUCCAUAUUUAUUUACUUGAAUAGUCAUGAUAACGUUUAAGGAGAAAAAAAAAUGAAAAUGCUUACAUCCUCUAUGAAAAAACACAUUGGCACUGUUAAAUAAUUUGUUCCAGGAGAAAAUUCAAUUUUUUCCUUAGAUAUUUUUUAUCUCUUAAGGAAAGUGUUAUUUUUUAUGUGACUGCUUGUGAAACAUUUUUUUAAUCGUAUGAAUGUUUUUAUCGUGUGAGCAAUGAACUGCAUGAAAUAUUGUGCCAAUUAAUUGAAAGACCUUUAUUUUCACAGACAUAUGAAAAAUUUUGUUUAAAUUCUUGUUACCAUUUCCUGAUCACUGUUAUUUGAAUAUUUUCAUAUGGGCAUAUUACUGUGAAUUUAAAUACUUCAGAAAUCUAAACUGUAUAUGAAAAACUGUGCUUGACUAAAAAAGAUACAGACAUUUUUAGUAGAGCAAACUUGCUUUAAUGUUGCAGCAAAGAUAUGCUCUGCUUCUCUUAUACCGGUAAUCCUAUUAUAUACAACACUAUACAACAAUGUAAUUUUGGUUUCUCCUGCAGAAAUACAAUAUCUGAAUAUGCAUGUAUACAAAAAUAUUAAGCUAAUAAGGACUCUUGUAACUGUGAUUGUGUUGGUUUUAUUUUACUUUGGGUAAAUUUUUCAUCUUGCCAUAAGAGAAUCUGUGAUACGAGAACUGCUGAUAAAUAUCUGUUUUUCGUGUAAUAACUGUGUAACCAGGUUGUUGUAUGAAAGAGUUAUUCUUUUCAUUCCGUGUCAUCUUUUUUUCUUGUUCAUGGAAGACUUUAUUCUUUACAAUCGAUAUUAAUUCCUAAGAUUAUGAUUUUCCUUAAUAACAUAGAUAGAACUAAUGCGUUACUACCGGUAUUUUAUAAAAUUUAUUUGAAUCCUGAUAUGGAAAAAAAAUAUUGGCAAACCUCAUUUUCUUAAACAAGAUGGGACCAAGAAUAAACUUUGAAAUAUGAUUAAAGAUAUGUGGUUUAUACACAUGAAGAAAAAAAGGUCGAUACUUUGACAUAUCCAUUGUAUUCAAGUUUUAGAUACCAAAGUAUGUACCAGAUUUCUUUGAUUUUUUUUUUUAAAUUAUUUUACGGAGGAAAUCCCACAGUACUAGAGCUACCGUCCAUGCAUUGUAUUUCCUGUCAAACUAAAUUUUUUUUCAUCUGUUUAUUGUUAUUUAUCAUUGUUUAUUUUUUAGAACAAAUUUUCUGUUAAUCUGUUAUUUGUUUUCUUUAUUUUUUGUGCUUGAGUGAAAUCAUGCAAUAAUAUUUGGAAAUGUGUUACUGAAGGUUUUUUCAGUAAAUAGAAGGAAUUUGUUAAUGCAAUGUAAAUAUUUUACAUUAUAGAUAAGUCUGCUGAUACUGAAAAGUGACCUUGAAUUAAAUUCUAAAAAUUUAUUUUGAAAUUGCUUGACAUGAGCUUGGAUUUCUGGAGCUUGGAAAUUUUGAUUUUCAGACCGUGCACCAAAGUAGUACUGGGUACCUUAGAGAUGUAUGCCACACCAAAUAAAUCAUAUUUUUCAAAAACAAUGUUUUAAAGAUUCUGUAGUAAAAGUUUGGUGUUGUGAACCUUCUUAAUUGUUCGCAUUACCCGGUAUUUGAUUUUGAAUAUUAGUCAUAGAUGGUAGAUAUUUUAUAAACAUUUGAAUCAAAUGACAUUAAAUGAAUAAUGUAUACUUCAAGGACUAAGAAUAGAAUUCUACAUUUUAUCAUUUGGAAGAGGGGGGAGGUAUUACUUAGUCAUUUACAUUUCUAAUUAAUGUUUCAAUAGAAUGAAUUCUUGUUGCAUGCAUUGUAAUAAAUAUGAAAUAAAUCUAUUUAUUUGAUAAUUUUA